AUAGUGUAAUUUCCUUCACCAAAUAAAGAAUUAUGCAUCUAUUUAAAUCUGAUAAUCAUGCUUAUUUUUAUAUUGUUUAAUUUGUCAUAAGUAAUCGUUUUUUAGUCUAUUAGUUUGUAUAUUGAAUCUCUUAAACAAAAUAUGUUCAAAAUAAUAAAGCAAUCUCUCUAAAAAUGGGUUUACCAUCAAAACAUAUCGAGCCUGUUUAUCCUUUAACUUAUAUCGGAUAUGAAAAAUUACUACACAAUUUUAGGUAUUGCGAAAAAUGCAACUCGUGCUGAUAUUAGAAAGGCAUAUCUGCAAAAGGCAAAGCUUUACCAUCCAGAUCUAAACAAAUCGCCGUCAGCAGCUACGAAGUUCAAGGAAAUUAGCGAAGCAUAUAACACCCUUUACGAUGUUAACAAGCGCCGAGAUUAUGAUUCAUCCAGUGUUUUUGGCUCAUCUUAUAAAUAUGGAAGGACUACUUCUUACAACACUGGUACUAGACAAACACAAUAUCGCAAUACUAUGAAUGAACAUCCAUUCAAUUUUGAUAACUUUGAAGAACAGUUUAGAGCAGAAGCCGAACAAUUACGUAGACAAUGGCAACAAAUGGAGGCUGACAAGAUUAGAAGAGAAGCAGAAGACAUGAAAGGCUGGGAUCAAGCGUUCAAAUUUGGUAAUUUUACUGAUGCGCAUAUAUUUAUUUCAAACUUGCGCUACCUGUUAUACUUGAUCAACAAAAUUCUUCCUCUCGUUAUCUUUCCACUGGUACUCCUAUUUUAUACUACCAAAGAGAUGAUAAGUAGUAGUAACACCAACCGACGUCGAAUCCAGGUCGUCUACGACUCGUAUGGAAGAGCAUAUUCUUUUGAUACAUAUGGCAGGAGAUAUCGGAUGCCAGAAUUCGACAAGCAUUAG